UUAUAUAAAUUAAUUGUAAAUUUGUCACGCGCGUGUAGUAAUCGAGAAACGCGAAUUAAAAUCAUCGUUUGUCGUUUAUUAUCGAUGAACGUUUUUAUUUAUAAACAAUUCCUGUGUUGAGACAUUCGACAAGUGUUACGCAAUGGUUCAACUUCUCCCGAGGCCUGUUCUUGUGUUUGCAGCAGAUUAUCAUCAAAUAGAGAUGGGAAAUCGGCUCGAAAUCGCAGAGUUCCACUCGAAUGGUGCCAUGAUCUCGCUUGUUAAGCCUGGUAAUUUUCGAUUUUGCAACGUUUUAACCACACGCAGGAUGCUAUGUUCUACGUCAUGUAGAAAAAUAGUUGACACGAGAAAUUCGUUUUUCCCGUGCUGGAAAAAUUCAUAUAAAAAGCCGGCAUUUCAUCCAGAACAAACAUCGAAUGAAGAAGCACGAACGCCGAGGGGAUAUAAAUGAGUCCACGCCGACAAGCCGCCAUUAGGGCCGCAUUAAACUUGUCACUAAAAAUUUACAAAUCAUUAUUCAUUCGGAUCCCAUUUAACCGCCGCCGAUUUCGAAGUGCUUUACACUCGUUUCCUCCGGAGGCAAUUUCAUCGCGCCGCAUCUCGUGACAGAAAAGCGGGGAUUUCUCGGCUUGGCGCGUUGAAAACGAAAAUUGUUUGACGCCGACGACAAUAAAUAAUAUUGUAUUACUGGCUCAAAUUUUCAUAUCCGAUUAAUUGCUGACUUCAAAGUAAACUUGCGUAACUCAAUCUAUGCUCAAUUCGAACGUGUGCUCGCACAAAUCGAAGCGCAGCAAAUUUAUCUAGGUUUUUGUCAGUCUAGUUUAUUGCGUGGCUUAGUUUAGUGCGCAGAACGUGAGCGAACGCAAUUUCGAUGGUGAACAGUAAAACCGUCAAGUUUAGUGAUGAAAAAUCACCGCCGCCGCAGCCGUUUCAGGAGCCGGAAGGCAUGACGGACAUCGAUCUGAGACGUCUUUCAGAAAUGAGUGCUUUUUCAGAUUCAAGCUUCAAGAAAUUCGACACGAAAAUCGCGCGUAAAGCACUAUGCAAAACGUUAUUCAUUGCAUCGUGUGUGGGUUGUGGCGUGUUGUUGAUCUUUCUGCUCACGUCCAGCCGCGGCGCAUCGUUCAAGAAGCUCUUUCACAUCGAACGCCAUCCACAGGCCGAUGUUGAUGAAUUAGUCUCCUAUUACAUCGAGAAACUCAACCGGUGUAAAAUUGAUAAAACGCUCGAAGCGUGCUGUUCGCUCUUCACGAGCGGCGGCGGCGCGGCGCAAUUCGCGCUGCAAGAUUGCACGGUCGAUAAAAUCGUCGAAGCUAUCGAACGGCACGAAUUGAAAUCGCCGUUAGACUUCGACGACGGCGAUGCAUCAGCGUCAGCGAAUUAUGCUCGGCCGGUGAAUGCCGCGUCGGAUUACGACGAAGUGGAUCCGUACGACGAUUACAUAGAGCCGGAAUUCAUUCAACGAUUCCUGCAGGACUCGCUCGAUAUAAUUAAACGCGAGCACUUUAACGACUUGAAGAAGAACCAUCCGCAGGCGUUUAAUGACCCGUUUAACACUGUCGUUGAAAUCAGCACUUUGCUUCAUCCCUCCGACGCUGAGCAUAGAAAAAACGAUGUAACAUCUUUGAGGAAAUCAAAACGGCAGACUCCACCACAUCAUGGUAAUCGACAUCCACAUGUUCCUCAAGGGCAGCCAGUGCGAGGCGAUCAACCUAUUGAUCAACGACCAAAUCCAAACCCAAAUAUGAACUUUGAUGGACGUCCACCAAGACCACCACAUAUGAGACCACAACAACCCAUGCCGUCAUCUCAACAACCACAACCAAUAUCACCACCAGAACAACCGCAGCCCAUGAUACCACCUCAAGAACCACAGCCCAUGCCAUCUCCAGACCAACCGCAACCCAUGCCGCCCUCUCAACAACCACAACCUAUGCCAUCCCCAGAAGAACCCCAACCCAUGUGGCCACCACCAGAAGAACCACCCAUGUUGCGAAAUUCGCCACCAUCAUAUUUAAAUCUAAAUUACAAUCAACAUAUGCAACAGAACCCACAUUCAAGACAAGGUCCCGAAUUUCAACCAUCAUUUCAACAUCUCCAUCAUCAAAAUCGUGCACAUAACAUCAUAAUGCAUGAGAACCAUGGCUCCCAGAAAGUUUCUCAAGUAUUAAAUAUUCAUCCAAUUUAUGACAAUUUUGUUGGGGCAGCUUCACCUGAUAUUCCAAAUCUUGUACCAGUAAUUGAAAAGGAUCCUGCUAAUCAAGGCAUAAUUAAAAACAUUGUAACAGUUUUCAAUGAAAACAAUCUAAAAGAAAGGUUUAAUCCGAAGGUACGCUUGAACGGGGACAAUAAAUUAGGUCAAUUCACUUCCGCCAGUGAGAACAUCCAAAGUUCUCAACAGACUUCCCUCAAUCCCACUUUCACACAAGCCCAAAACCCCUGCAUCAGCACCUACACUCCGCAAGUCGGAUCGCCACUAUCGCUUGUCCAACAACAAGUUCCCCUUUCUUACGACCCGUCGCCGAAGUUCGCGCAACUGGUGCCGAUUUCGAUACAACGAAAUCAGCCACAACCGUAUGUCAUCAAUCCGCAAAUUACUUACUUAUCCAAUUACCAAGUGCCUAUGCAGCAGUCUAUUGUUCCCAAUCUCGCCGCUCAAGUCCAGCCGAUGAACAAUGCCGGACCCUAUUACAUCUGCAAUCCCAUGACAACAUCAACAAACAAUAUAGCUGGUCUGAGCGGAGUGGAAGUGCGAUCCGACGAUGUUCAUUUAUUAGCAACAAAUGCUAGAGAAAGCAAUAGGGCUCUAACUAGACAGUCGGACCAGUGUGGAAUUGGACAAGAAAUUUGCGCUGACAACUCAAAAUGUAUUAGUAGUAAACGUGUCUGUGAUGACACUAUCGAUUGUGACGAUGGCAGUGAUGAAGCUUACUGCUCAUGCAAAUUCCGGGUUGGGGCAAAUCGAAAUUGCGAUGCGUACUUGGACUGUCCCAAUGGGGAAGACGAAAUUGGAUGUUACGGGUGUAGUUCAUCGACAUUUAAUUGCGAUGAUUGGUCCUACUCUCGUUCAGCAACUUGUAUUCCACUGAAACAACGUUGUGAUGGUAUUGCCCAAUGUCCCACUGGAAAAGAUGAAGAAGAAUGUUCGGUUCUAUUAGAUUCUGUAGAAAUGACAUCUGAUAUUUUCAAGGUAUCUAACAUCGUGGGUUUCUUACAUCGUAAUUACCGUGGUACUUGGUAUCCGGUAUGCAGCAACGGCGAGAUGUGGGCAAAGGAAGCAUGCACCAACCAAAUGGGCUCAACUCGCUUACCACCGCUGGUUCAACCGCUGCCAAUUAAUUACCCCUACAAGGGUGAAUUCAUUCACGCCGCGGACGACAAUGCGGUUCGCAUUACCGAAGGAUGCCUGGAGAAUCGCGCAGUGCGUGUGGAAUGCGCACCGCCGGUAUGCGGCAUGCGGCAAAUCACAACCAACUCAUACAGGCCGGAAGAGGUCGACACCAGCGCUGAGGAGAUCGUCGCUCAAUUCAGCCACUACAGGGACGUGCGGGACGCCAACCAGCGGGACGGUAAUGAUACGCUUUUGGGUGAAGGAAGGGUUGUCGGUGGGAAAGCUUGUCAACCGGCGGCGUGGCCAUGGGUGGUAUCGAUUUACAAAAACGGAGCGUUCCAUUGUGGUGGUGUUCUCAUUUCCGAUUCUUGGUUGAUCACGGCCGCUCACUGCGUUGAUAAGUAUUGGCAUUACUACUACGAGGUUGAACUGGGUAUGUUGCGGCGGUUUUCGUACUCUCCCAUGCAGCAAACCCGCUUUGUAACGGAUGUCAUCGCGCAUAGUGGUUAUGACAGGGCCAAUUUGAAGAACGAUUUAGCUAUGAUGAGGUUGAAUGCACCGGUUAAAUACAAUAGGUAUGUUAGGCCUAUUUGUUUACCUACUGAGGUGACAGCCGGGAAGGAUUAUGACAAGGCGCCACUACCUGGAACUGUUUGCACCGCUGUUGGAUGGGGUGCCACGGUUGAACAUGGCUCCGAUCCUGACCAUUUGAGGGAAGUCGAGGUACCAGUUUUGUCAUAUUGUAAACACAAGGAAGAUGCUGAAGGUAACGAGAUUUGUGCUGGGCUCCUUCAAGGAGGUAAAGAUGCUUGUCAAGGCGACAGUGGUGGGCCAUUCUUAUGCCGCAAUCCAAACUCUCCUGACCAAUGGUACCUAGCUGGUAUUGUAAGUCAUGGAGAGGGAUGUGCACGUCCCAAUGAACCUGGUGUAUAUACUAGGAUCAGUUUGUAUAUGGAUUGGAUUUAUGACCAUGCUAGAGAUGACAUGGUACCUCAGAGAAAACCCCUUCACAAAUGCCCUGGCUACACAUGCAAGAGCAUCAGAAAAUGUAUUCCCAUGAAGCGACGUUGUGACAAAACCGUUGAUUGUCUCUAUGGUGAUGACGAAAUUGAUUGUGAAAACCACCAUCGUUUCUCCUCGCUCUUCAAACACGCGAUGCAUGCUAUGAUGCUAGAGCGCAAGGACGAAGACAUAGCAACAAACGAUGACGUUGCUGAUAUGUCGUCGAAAGUGGCAAAGACCAAGACGACAAACGGCACCUCGAAGAAUUACGCCUCAUUUGCAAGUCCUGCCCCAAUAUCUGAUCACGACAAGUUCAUAACUAAUGCAACCAACGAUGAAUCUCAACACUUGCAGCGUAACCACAAUGAAGACACUGCAAAUGCCAGCGCUAUUGUAGCUGCUGUGCAUGGCGACGCUCCGAAAACGCAACGAUUUUUAUGUAAAAAGAUGCUCCAAGUGAUACCCAUAUCGAAGCGCUGCGACAAGACUAUCGAUUGUCAGGAUGCCACCGACGAGCUGGGCUGCUCCUGCGCCGACUACUUACGCUCCUCGCACGCCGACGCCAUUUGCGAUGGGACUACCGACUGCGAUGACAUGUCGGACGAGCGCGAUUGCGAUUCGUGCGGCCGUAAACAUUUCCACUGUCGAUUGAGCAAUGUGUGCGUCCCCAUCGAGAAACGCUGCGACAAUGCACCCGAUUGCCUUCACAAUGAAGACGAAUGGGAUUGUUUUGCCUUAACGGCCAACAACACAAUGAAGCUGGACGCCGACGCAAGACCCGCCGUCAACACCAGAGGGAUUUUGACCUACAAUAAAGCAGGAGAAUGGCGGCCGAUGUGCGGCAAUUUUACAGGAAUAGAAGGUCGACUUGCUGCUGAUGUGUGCAUCUCGUUAGGUUUCGAUGACUACGAAAGAUAUCUACAGUUAGAUGUGUUGAAUGGUACUAUUCAAGCAAUCAUUGAACACAACAAUACCACCACCACUAUUCAAGCACCCAUAUCUCAGAAGUUGGAAAAUAAAACUGUAACAACCUGUAACGGUUUGUUCGUGCGAUGCUCGAAUCGCACGUCCACUUCUGUGCACGAAUUAGGCGUCGAAGACAAAUUGAACGCUCCGAGCGAACUUUAUAUGACGCCGUGGAAUGCUGCAAUCUAUUCCGAUGGCAAAUUGAAAUGCACCGGCGCGCUCUUGAACUACAAUUGGAUUUUAACUUCGCUGCAAUGCUAUGACGGAAUACUCAAGCCAGCCGAGAACUACCUUGCCGUACGUUUAGGAGUUGGUAAACAUCAUCUGAAUGUCCAAGGGCCGCAUGAGCAAGUCAUUCCUGUCCUGGAACGGAUACGAGUAUCUCAUUCAGACGCAAUUCUCUUAAAACUCGACCGGGAUAUUAAGUUAACGCGAUAUGUCAAGCCUCUGCACUUUCAAAAAAAGGGUGAUUUUGUCCACUAUCGCGAAACGUGUUUGGCGACAGGCCAGGGGGUCAACGAGACAACCAGUACGAUUUUACUAAAGCCAGUGGAGAAUUGCGAAAAGAAGAAUUCACGAUGUUUCAAACGAUUGUAUCCGUCUGACUGUAAGGUCUCCACAGCGUGGAGCGGCUGCAUAGUGUGCGACGCAGGGAGCGGCUUUUACCCGGCUGCGAUUUUCGCUGAGCCGAGCGGCGAGUGCGGUUUCAGGCAGACGGGCGCUUAUCCUAGCAUGUCAUUUAUAAAACACGACGUUUUCCAGGCAAUGGCACGCAGUCCUUUUGUGGUCGACCCGCCCAAGUGCGACGGCUACAGAUGUCCGCUGGGUGAAUGCAUCAGUAAAGGGAAAGUCUGCGAUGGGAUUCCCGAUUGUAGCGAUUCAAGUGAUGAAAAGCCAGAUAUGUGUGAGCAACGGAACGUGGACUGCCAUCUCACGAAGAGCUGUAUUUGUGCACCUGACGAGCUACGGUGCGCGAAUGGCAACUGCGUGCAUAAAUCCAAAUUCUGUGAUCGCAGCAACGAUUGUGGGGACGAGUCCGACGAGCCAUCAAAUUGCUCAUGCCGCGAAUACUUGAACCUGGUGGAUCCUAAAAAAAUAUGCGAUGGUAUCCGUCACUGCAAAGAUCGUUCUGAUGAAGACCCUGAAUUAUGCACAUGCCGUCCAGGUCUCUUCAAAUGCACAGACUCAUUAUCAGACUCUUCAAAAAGCCAUUGUAUCUCCAACGAUAUGGUCUGCGACGGUUACAAAGAUUGCAAAGAUAAUUCGGACGAAACACAAUGUUUUUCCUUGAGGACCCCAACUGAUAAAGAAAGAGUCGGUGAAGUCAUGACACGCACGGCUGGCACAUGGCACUCUGGUUGUUUUCCAGCCAAAAUGCAGACCACCGAGUUGGAAGGCGUGUGUGAAGCACUCGGCUUUACCGGAAGUAGUUCUUCAUACUGGAAGAUCAACGCUACCGAAACCGAAGCGCCAAAACCACGAUUGGAAAAGUUUGAUCACUUCUGGGUGCACAAUAGUAACACGACUGGGAAGUUGCUUUUAGCUACCCGAUCCGGAUUGAAUCCAUUUGUUACCUUUGUGAAUGAUCCCGGCAGAUGCCACAAGUUAUUCAUACGCUGCUUAUAAAGAAAAUAUAUUACUAAGGCUACUAUGUUAAAUAUGAUUAUCAAAAUAAGUAAACGGAUUUUUUACUUUACA